AUGGUACUCACUGAGGCAGCCAAAGCUCAGCAUCCAGCACCUCCAGAAGCCGGCGACGGUUUACCAGCUGCGUCGCCACAACCAUUGACCUGCGAACAGAAGCUCCACUGCAAAAGACACACAUACUUCCAACUUUCCCUGUGCGGAAUAGGUUGUACCAUGGAAGUUGAAGCCAUGGCCCUGCCAGUCCCUUUAUCCGUCAAGCCUAGCGUCGUCGAAGUGGUGACGAUAGCCAUAGCCACGACACGAGACUUUAUCACCAGCACGGAUGAGUUCCGCGGCACACCCGAGGAGAUCAUGCACUUACGGCACCAUCGGUGUUGUUUUCGGUACUACCUGCUUCCAUACUCAGAUAGACGCUUUGGGCGUUUAGGUGGGCUUGUUAAAGCCGCCUUCGGCCUAGGGCAUAACCGUGGCGCUCAAUCCCACAGUAUCUAUAACAAAUCCAAGAACCUCAUCAUCACUAGCCUGAAUGGCUUGUUGAAAUAG